AUGUCACUCUUAAUUCAUGAUAUCAAAGAGAUAAUCAAGAAGAAAUAUGGAGGAAUUUUACCCAAGAAACCUCCAUUGAUAUCCAAGGACCAUGAACAUGCAUUUUUUGAUUCAGCUGAUUGGGCAUUAGGAAAGCAAGGGGCACAGGAAGAUCACAAAAAGGGACCACUCGAAGCUCUUCGGCCAAAAUUGCAGCCCACACCUCAGGAAGUACGGUCCAGGCGAUCUGCGUAUGCUCCUACAGAUGGAGAAGGGAAAUUCUUCAGAUAA